AAAUGCAGACAGGGUUUCUCCGACCUGAGCGUGCGCGCGCAUCACCUGGGGAGCUUGUUAAAAUGCAGAUUCUGGUGUGGCGGGGCCGGGGUGGAGCCGGAGCUCGUGCGUGGGAGAGGGGUUCCCGGGACCCCUGAGGUCCUGGCUGCCGCCCAAGCGGCUGUCAGGACACUUGAUAAAUCGUUCUACUGGGCUGACGGGCGGCGGGGCCGGGACAUGCGCGAUUUGGCCGGUGAGGCGGGGUAGUGGGGGUGCCUCCAAAGUCGGAAAACGCGCGCUGUUCAGGAGGCCACUCUUGGGGACUCGUCGGGAGCCUCAUCUUCGCGCCAUGUCGCGGCGUAAGCAGGCCAAACCCCAGCACCUGCGCUCUCAGCAGCCGCAGCCGGAGCUCAAUGAGCCAAGCGGAGUAGCCCCCAGCGUAACAGCAGAGCCCGCCUCAGUGCAAGAUCAUGAUGUUCUAAACCCAGCAGGCCUCUCUGCUGAAGGCAGCGAUGCCCAGCAGCCCCCUGCAGGCGCCCCGCCCUCCGAAGCAAAGGAGCAGCCGGCCACCCUCGGAGAAAGGGUCUUUAGCUGCUGCUAUCCAGGUUGUCACUUCAAAACUGUCCACGGCAUGAAGGAUUUGGACCGCCAUCUCAGAAUCCACACAGGUGACAAGCCGCACAAGUGUGAGUUCUGUGAUAAGUGCUUUAGCCGGAAGGACAACCUGACCAUGCACAUGCGCUGCCACACGAGUGUGAAGCCACACAAAUGCCACCUGUGCGACUAUGCGGCUGUGGACAGCAGCAGCCUCAAGAAGCACCUGCGCAUCCACUCAGAUGAGCGGCCGUACAAGUGCGAGCUGUGCCCCUACGCCAGCCGCAACUCCAGCCAGCUCACCGUGCACCUGCGCUCGCACACAGGGGACACACCUUUCCAGUGCUGGCUCUGUAGCGCCAAGUUCAAAAUCAGCUCGGACUUGAAGCGGCACAUGAUCGUGCACUCGGGGGAGAAGCCUUUCAAGUGCGAGUUCUGUGACGUCCGCUGCACCAUGAAGGCGAACCUCAAGUCUCACAUCCGCAUCAAGCACACCUUCAAGUGUCUGCACUGUGCCUUCCAGGGCCAGGACCGGGCUGACCUGCUGGAGCACAGCCGGCUGCACCAGGCCGACCAUCCCGAGAAAUGCCCCGAGUGCAGCUACUCAUGCUCCAGUGCAGCUGCCCUGCGCGUGCAUAGCAGAGUCCACUGCAAGGACCGGCCCUUCAGAUGUGACUUCUGCAGCUUUGAUACAAAGCGGCCCAGCAGCCUGGCCAAGCACAUUGACAAGGUGCAUAGGGAAGAGGCCAAAACAGAGAACAGGGCCCCACAGGGCAAGGAUGGGCCCGGGGAGAGUAGCCCCCAUCACGCGGCCAAGAUUGUCACCCAGAGGGCCUUCCAAUGUGACAAGUGUGGUGCCUCCUUUGUCAGGGACGACUCUCUGAGGUGCCAUCGGAAGCAGCACAGUGACUGGGGUGAGAGUAAGAACUCGAACCUGGUGACUUUCCCCUCAGAAAGCGUGGCUUCGGGGCAGCUCGGCCCCUUGGUCUCCGUGGGACAGCUAGAGGGCGCCCUGGAGCCGGGCAACGACGGCUCAGGGAUCUGA